UUUGGGCAGGUGCGUAAAAGAUUUGUAUAAAUAUGAGCGCGUGUUGGUACAGCGAUUUUACAGAGUGUUUAAACCUCAUCUGAGUGUUUUCUACACUGGUGAACGUAGUCCACGCGAAAAAUAAUAAGUACACCGAAACAAUAACAAAAUGUACUCAAAACUGUUUAUUUCCGUGUUGGUAAUCACAACCAUGGUAGGCGUGUCGAUAUCCGUAACCGAAGGAGACGAUGCUGUAAAGACUGUGGACAAGGACGACGACCCUCAUCCGGCCAUCCGGGAGGAGAUCAAAAGAUACAUGUCUAUAAUGGAGAAAAUCAACAUAGACCAAAUGCUGAACAACACUAGGUUGAUGUCGAACAACGUCAAAUGUUUUCUGAACGAAGGACCGUGCACGGCCCACUUUAGAGAAAUGAAAAAAAUAGUACCUAUGUUAGUCAAAGAUAGUUGCUCGUCAUGCACCAAAGAGCAAAAGAUCAUGAUGAAAAAAGCAAUUGACGCGAUAAAAGCUCGUCGUCCCAAUGAGUAUGAACAACUUUCCAAAUUGUAUGACCCAGAGGGAAAAUAUGAGAAGAAAUUUUUAGAAAACUUGAACGAAUCGAAAUAAUACAAUUUUUUUUUUUUUUUAAUAAAACGUACACAUAAUAUUAUUAUAUUUUAUAACACAGUACCCAGCUAAAUUCAACUGUCUAAAAUUACACCAAUUAUUGUGAUUUCGAUAUUAAAUGGAAUGCAUUAUUAUUAUUAUCAUUAUUGUCAUAAUUAGUUAGAAAACAAACAAGGCGGUUAUAUGAAGACAAUUUUAGCUUUAUUGUAAUAAUUCCAGAAUAUUGGUAUUUUAAUUAAAAUAAAAUAAACUAAUAAUAAUCCUUAUCGUAA